AUGGAGGGAGAAACGUACGGAAGCAUCAGCAGAGCCAGCGAGAGCGGAAUAAUAAGCAAAAAGUCAGUGGAGUUCCUGCACGGGAGGAGAGCAGAGGAAGGGCUCUUUAGAGUGGUGAUAGAGAGAAGAAUGACAAGAACAAAAUAUCUGAUCAGAGAUGUCUCAGGGAAGGGCAUUCUAAACCUUGACAAUGUGCCAGGUGAUAUAGUCACGCGAAUAGUAAAGAAAGAAGAUGCAGAGAAGAAGCCUCAGCUGCUUGUUAUAGGAAGGCUGCUGUCACCCGAUGUCCAGGAGUUUCCUGUGCUGGAUGCAUACUCCAUAUCUCUCUUUACAUACGAAUCAGCGCUUAGACACAUCCUGUGA